AGUUUAGAAUUAAGACUAUGUUUGAUUAUCAUAUAUUUCAUUUUAUUUUGCUUCUUUUUUUGCUGCAAACCAAAUGCUGCCCAAACAUCUGGACGAACUUAUCGAUAACCUACUGCAAUGGAAGACUGACAAGCGAAUCAACGUGCCCGAAAUUGAUAUAUUCAAGCUGUUGCACUCGGCACGCGGCGUUCUCAUUGGUGAGCCGAUGCUCCUGGAGGUGGAUGCACCCAUAAAUGUGCUCGGCGAUUUGCAUGGCCAGUUCUCGGAUAUGUUGCGAUAUUUCGACAAUACCGGCCAUCCACCAAAGACAUCGUAUCUGUUUCUUGGCGACUAUGUGGAUCGUGGCAAAUACUCGGUAGAGACAUUGACAUUGCUUCUGGCCUACAAAGUGAAGUUUCCCUAUUCGAUGUUUCUGCUCCGCGGCAAUCAUGAAUCGGGGAGCAUCAAUCAGGUCUAUGGCUUCUACGAUGAGUGCAAGCGACGCUUUACUGUGCGCCUCUGGCGUUGCUUCGUGGACACCUACAACUGCAUGCCUGUGGCAGCGAUAAUUUCGGAUCGAAUCUUUUGCUGUCACGGUGGAUUGAGUCCGUCCCUCCACGAGUUGGAUGACAUACGCAAUUUGCCGCGUCCUUGUGAGGUCAAGUCAAGUGGCUUGCUCUGUGAUCUGCUCUGGGCCGAUCCUGAUCCGCUGAUCACUGGUUGGGCAAAGAACUCACGUGGCGUUAGCUUCGUGUUUGGUGCGGACAUUGUGCUGCAAUUUCUGGCCCGCUUCAAUUUCGAUAUUGUCUGCCGGGCCCAUCAGGUGGUCGAGGAUGGUUACGAGUUCUUUGCCAAGCGGCAGCUUAUCACAAUUUUCUCGGCCGUAAACUAUUGUGAUGAAUACGACAAUGCUGGUGGCAUGAUGUGUGUGGAUGAGUUUCUCAAUAUCUCAAUGGUUGUAUUGAAGCCAAAGAAAUUGGGCCAUGCUGAUGUGAAGCUAGCUUCGAUUAUAGAGAAGGCACCGAAGCACAUGACUAAGUAAAUAAUAUGCUUACAUCCUCUUGAACUUAUCUUCAAAUUAGCUUUCAAUUGAUUAAUAAACGCAAAAGAGCUACACUAAA